ACUGUCACUUACUGGUUUAUAAAAUCUAGUAAGUUCAUUGGAGAGGAAGUGCUCUACAAGUAUAAAAUACAAAUUAGAUUUUUCUUUUUGACCACUAGGUUUCUAAUGUUCCUCCUUAGACUGAGAUUGGGAUUUUUGUUUGGUUUGGUUUGGGUUUUGUUUGUGUAUUAGGGCAGACACUACCUCUUUUUCAUUGUUGCGUUUUUGACACAGGUGCAAGAGCUUAAUAUAUGUGGUUGAAUCAAUGAUCGAGGUUCAGAAGAGUCAAAGAAAAACUUCUGUUUGUUGAUAGCUACUUCAGACAUUACCCGUGAUCUACCAAUUAUGAAGUUGGACCAUUUGGAAACAACGUUAGAAAAUUGUCUUGGCUUCUCCUACUCCAGAGAGGGGAUCUCAUCCAGGGCCAUGAUACUACUUCCUCAUCAUCCAUGUGCUGCUUGGUCGAACUAAUGCUGCAGGAGCCCUGGUCCUUUGCAGAGGAAUCAAGCUGACUCUUGGCAUGAGGCCCCUGCUUUGUGGGGCUUGAGAGAGACACUGCCAUGGCUUCUCUGGAUGACCCAGGGGAAGUGAGGGAGGGCUUCCUCUGCCCUUUGUGCCUGAAGGACCUGCAGUCUUUCUAUCAGCUUCAUUCACAUUAUGAGGAAGAGCACUCUGGGGAAGACCGUGAUGUCAAAGGGCAAAUCAAAAGUCUUGUCCAGAAGGCUAAGAAAGCAAAGAACAGGCUGUUGAAACGAGAUGAUGACCGAGGAGAAUCGGGGACCCAAGGAUAUGAGUCUUUCAGUUAUGGGGGGGUUGAUCCUUACAUGUGGGAACCCCAGGAACUUGGUGCUGUGAGAAGCCAUCUUUCUGACUUCAAAAAACACCGAGCUGCCAGGAUUGACCACUAUGUUGUUGAAGUCAAUAAAUUAAUAAUCAGGUUAGAGAAGCUCACUGCAUUUGACAGAACGAAUACCGAGUCGGCUAAGAUCCGAGCAAUAGAAAAGUCCGUGGUACCUUGGGUCAAUGACCAGGAUGUCCCUUUUUGUCCAGACUGUGGGAAUAAGUUUAGUAUCCGUAAUCGCCGCCACCACUGCCGUCUCUGUGGGUCUAUUAUGUGCAAGAAGUGUAUGGAGCUCAUCAGCCUUCCCUUGGCAAACAAGCUCACCAGUGCCAGCAAGGAUUCCCUGAGUACCCACACCAGCCCCAGUCAGUCACCCAACAGUGUCCAUGGCUCCCGUAGGGGCAGCAUCAGCAGCAUGAGCAGUGUAAGCUCCGUCCUGGAUGAGAGAGAUGAUGACCGAAUCCGCUGCUGUACACAUUGCAAGGACACACUGCUCAAGAGAGAGCAGCAGAUCGACGAGAAGGAGCACACCCCCGACAUUGUGAAGCUCUAUGAGAAAUUACGACUUUGCAUGGAGAAAGUUGACCAAAAAGCUCCUGAAUACAUCAAGAUGGCAGCAUCAUUAAAUGCUGGAGAGACAACCUACAGCCUGGAACAUGCCAAUGACCUUCGAAUAGAAGUGCAGAAAGUGUACGAGCUAAUAGAUGCUUUAAGUAAGAAGAUCUUAACCCUGGGCUUGAACCAGGAUCCUCCACCACAUCUAAACACUUUGCGGCUGCAGAGGAUGAUCAGAUACUCAGCUACACUUUUUGUGCAGGAAAAGUUGCUUGGUUUGAUGUCACUGCCAACCAAAGAACAGUUUGAGGAACUAAAAAAGAAAAGGAAGCAGGAGAUAGAGAGGAAGAGGAAACUGGAAAGACAGGCUGCCCUGGAAUCUCAGCGAAGGCUUGAGGAAAGGCAGAGUGACCUGCUAUCUCGUGCCAACGGGGAGGUGGCAUCUCUUCGCAGGGGCCCUGCCCCCUUGAGAAAGGCUGAGGGCUGGCUCCCACUGUCAGGAGGUCAAGGACAGAGUGAAGAUUCGGACCCCCUCCUUCAGCAGAUCCACAACAUCACAUCAUUUAUCAGGCAGGCCAAGGCCGCAGGCCGGACAGAUGAAGUGCGCACACUGCAGGAGAACCUCCAGCAGUUGCAGGAUGAGUAUGACCAGCAGCAGACAGAGAAGGCCAUUGAGCUGUCCCGGAAGCAGGCUGAGGAGGAGGACCUGCAACGGGAACAGCUGCAGAUGCUGCGUGAACGGGAAUGGGAACGAGAAAAGGAACAGUUCCAGGCUGCAUCCCUGCACACACGGACUCAGUCUCUGGACUUCCGAGAAAUCAGGCCUUUUCAGCUGGAGCCCAGCAGAGAGCCUCACACCCACCUUACUCAUGCGUUGGAUCUGGGCUCUUCCUUGGUUCAGAGCAGUGCAGCUGCCAAGACCCCUUCACCCAGCUCAGCUCUCGAGCCCAUUAGAGUGUGGUCUGGGCCCCCAGCUCUUGGCCAGGAAUUCUUUCCCCAGAGCACCAUGUCACAGCAAGAUGAGGUCCCCUCCUUAAAUCCCUUUGAUGAGGAAAACUCUUCCAGCCCCACAGCAAAGGGCUCUACCAGCCCUCCUGCUGCAGAGCCUUCCUUUGGCUCUUCAUCCCGCAUCCUCAAAGAUUAUAAUCCUUUUGAGGAAGAGGAAGAAGAGGAGACAGUGGAAGGAAAUCCCUUUACUAACUCAGACAGCCCAGCACCCAACCCCUUCGAUGAGGAAGAUGAGCAUCCCCACCAGAGGCCCUCAAGCCCUCCUCUUCCUGGCAACCCCUUCGAGGAAGCCACCUGUACCAACCCCUUUGAGAUGGACAGUGACAGUGGGCCUGAGGGCGAGGAGCCCAUAGAGGAGGAGCUCCUCCUCCAGCAGAUUGAUAACAUCAAGGCAUACAUCUUUGAUGCCAAGCAGUGCGGCCGCCUGGAUGAGGUGGAGGUGCUGACGGAGAACCUGAGAGAGCUGAAGCGCACCCUGGCCAAACAGAAGGGGGCCACUGACUGACCAAUGGGUGGGCAGGGCUUCUUUGGGUCCAGGGGCCUGGCAGAAGCCAGUGGAGCAGGAGAGAGAGUUGGUGGGAUUGAUGGGAAGAAGGAAGGGGUAGAAUUAAGAUGCACACAGAUUAAGGGAGGAAGUCUGUUUAGUGCUGUGCAUUUAAAGGUUUUUCCACUACAGUUGAAUAAUAACAUGGGAACUAGAACAGGAAGGAUCAGCAUUCAUUUGCCGUUUUAUUUUUUCCUGGUUUUUUUUUUUUUCUUUUUCACUUGGGGUUUCCCUUUAGAAGGGACUUUAAAUUUUUACUACUGCAGUAUACCUAAAUGCAGUUCUGUUGGUCCAUUUGUUCCUGCCUAGUCUUUGGUUAUUAUGCAGUAUUAUAGGGCAGCCUUAUAUAGGGCCCUUUAGCCAAGAUGGACAAGAUGGGUUCCUUUAAACCUUACAAUGCCCUGGCAAAAGUCUUUCACUGUUAGGCUGUGGGUUUCUUUCACCCAGGGCUUCCUCUGCCCUCUGGGUACAUCCUGCUUGUACAAUGGAAGGGGGAGGUAUUGCUAGGAAGGCACUAGUUUAGACCCAGGGGAGCCCCGCGGGUGAUAGGGAUGAGGUUUCACUAGGGUCUGUUUCCUUCUCUGUUUUAAGUUCUCAUCUCUUUUAGGAAGUUAAACACUCACUGCUGGGAUAUCACCGUCCGUCUCAUCGUGAGCUUUUUAGAAAAUAGGAGUGGUUAACUUUGUGGUCCAUAGAGCUAGUAUUAUUUGGGAGAAGAGUCUGCACCCAAAUGUUGCUCUGUUGGAACUGAAUGACUGCUGGGACAAUUGUCUGUCCUUGGAGACAUCUCCUCUAGAUUUUUGGCAAAAUUACUCGAACUUGGGAUUUUUCAGAGGACCCAGUCUAUAAUGUAGGAAUUGGCGAUCAGGAAGCUUUUGUGGAACUUUGUCAGGAGAGUGGAAGCUUCCCUAAGUCAGAAGAUAAAACAAAAUAAUUUUCAAGGCUAAUUGAUCAGCCUUCUUCCCUUUUGGUUCAUCUUGUCCUGACUUGGGGCACCAGUGAGAUAUUUUUUUCUUAGUGUUUAGUAUUAAGAAACUGAAAUGUUUGAAGAGGCACAACCCAGGACCAUUCUGGUAGCACUGUUGUACUUGAACUCUUCUCCAGUUGAGGACAAAAAGGGAAAUUGUUAAUUUAGCUCUGGUGCUUUGGUUUACAGGAACAUAACCCUUAACUGGCAUCUGACAUCAUGAUACCUAAGUGCUCAGCUCUGGGUAGAGUUCCUGCAAUUAUGCUUCUUAAUUAAUGAACAGUAACUGACCACUAGUCACUUUAUACCCCUUAGCUAAACUAACUCUGUGUCAUACUGUCACUGGUUACUGGUGUGAGUGCUAAAAUUCAUUUUGUUACAUUCUGGGAAGACUCCUGUUGAUCUUGGGAAUGUUUGAAAAACAUCGUGGUGUAAAAAUAACCUGUAUUUGUGUUGACACUAUUAUCAUUAAUUUAGCACCCACUGGAUCUUUAGACUGAAUGAAAAGGUCCUGUAUAGGGGUGUGGGAAUGUGGGGAGUCAGUGGAGGGUGUGUGUGGAAGCUCCCUCGCAUUUGGGUUUUGUUCACAAAGGAAUGUGAGUGGUCACUAACGUUAGCCAGUUGCCAACCUUGCUGAUCACCAUGAUGGUUUUGGGAGGUUGGCAAUCAGGCAUCUAAAAUGUUGCCUGGUACAGGUAUCUUUUCUUCCUCGAAGUUUGUGCCCUUCAUGCUGUUAAUUCUGGAAUUUUUCAUGGAUGGCUGCAUGCUCCUCCCUGCUCAGUCUGUCAUUUCUCUCUGACUGAAGAGGAGGAAGGUCUCUGCACCAAAAAGCAGGUAGUUCAAGAAGCUAAAUGCUGCUUCUCAUAACUAACUUUUCUCAUGAAAAUAUCUCUUUUAAUUAGCUGGUGGUUUCAAAUAAGACUAGUUCACUGAACAUAUCCUUUCCCUGAAAUCAACCACAGGUAGCAGUCUGUAAGUAACUAAGCAUCGAGAACCACACAUAAAAGAAACAUUUUUAAAACUAAAAAAAAAAAAAAAAUCACUGAAUAUCCCCUAAACCAAACUAAAACCUUCUGAUGUGAAUUCUUUCAUGGCCGUACUCUUCCAUGAAUUCUUCCAUUUAAUUCUUUAUGGCUAUAUUCUCCUAUAAUCAUAUACAUGAUAGGAUUUAGAAUUCUCUAUUUCUCAGCAGUACUAUUUCCCAGAAUUCACACAGACCCAAAGUUGAAUUUACAGAGAUUAAUUAACAUCAUGGAAAAGAUGGCCUGUGAAUUGCAGCCAUAAUUUUAAGUUCUUACCUCAUGUGAAUAUUUCAUCCUUCUUGCAGUCCUUCAAGGCAACUGGUAUUCUCUCUUAGGAAAAUGAGCACGUUCUUGAUAUGGCGUUGGCAGGUCUGCCUAGAUAAAGAUCACACAUGGAAGAGACUUUGGGGAUUCAGGCAUCAAAUGAAGUUGGCUUUUCUCUUGUUUGGAUUUUUCCCUGUCUAAUACACUAAGGACACUUACUGAUUGUACUUGCAGCUCAAUGUGUCUUUGCUGUUCAGAUACUAAAAUGUACCUGAGUCUUCAUGAGCUAUGUGAUGAUAGGCUAGACAUUGGCAUAGUGAGGUGAUGGGACUUAAAGUGAGAAGCUGGUCUCUUUACCGGGUCACAGACUGUGGUAGCAGAUUGUGCUGGUCAUACGACAAUGAUGGACAAUUUGAGAGUCAUCGAUUUGCAUGCACUACUCUGGGGCCUUGUACCUUUUUAAAAAAAAAUAAAAUAAAAUAGCAGAUGUAAGUGA